CCUCUUCUACAUACCCCUUCUCAUCAUAUCGUCAUUCUCAUCCCGUCCGCGCAAACUCUCUUUAAACAUAUCUCAAUACAUCUCACCAACUUCAACUCCUCAUAAUCCCUUAAGCCAAAGAAACAAUAUCCGGGGUCUGAUACCUAGAAUCCGUUGUUUUACGGUCUUCUAGCUUUCAAAAGGUCAUUUCAUUCGUUUGCUAUAUCUCAUUUUUAUGAGUUAAGCCGUGAAUAUGGAUGACCCAUGGGAUUGGGAUGUCGAUAGGGUGGUGCAAGAACUCUGCUCCGAAUAUCGAUCUUGGGAACCUCCAACAUCCCGAUUCAACUUCGCGGCCCCUGACCUACUUGCACCUGUGUUGCGAGAACAGGAAGUCGAUGGCCAUACACUUAUAACAUAUGGCCACAAGGAUCUGUGCAAUGAAUUGGGAAUCAGAAUCGUGAAGCAUAAGGCUAUUUUGAAACAUGCUAUUGACAUUUUCCGCUCGCGUAGCCAACGUUAUCGACUACAUCAAAAACGUCUAUCAUCCGACUUUGAAAACGACAAUGAGAAUCAGAUGAAUGAUUCCCUCAAGCCACAACUUGCGCCUACUCCUACCACAGCCACGUCAAUCAAUGGCCAGUCUGAUAACCCUCAUCUGGCCUUUGAUUCCUCCGAGCCAGAAAUGCCUGCUCGGAAAAAGCGACGAGUUGCUCCUACGUCGUUUAAACCAACUCGCAACAUUCCAGUCGAGGUAAAUGGGAAAUACCUCGGUCAGGAUUCAUAUACUAACCUUGAUGUCACUACGGAUAUCGAGUCGUUAGAUGAAGGUGACUCCCACUUCAAUAGUCCAGUCAGGUUUAUUCAACGCCGCCAUCUACCGCAUGGGCGGAAAGUGCAAGUUCAUCGACUUUACAAACGAUGGCUAUUGCGCGACCAAGGUUUUAAGAAAGACCUUGUUAUGAAGGCUGAUACAAUGCCCAGGGGAAGAGCUCACAUUCCAGCCCACGACGAUAUAAUUCUCCCCUUGUAUGGGGAUUCGGACCAAGAAUAUGAUCCGAAGUCCUGGAAAGAGGUCAAGGCUGAAAAUUUGGAACGAAAGAAAGCAAAGAGUCGACGCGGGCCCAGUCUCGACGAAAUUCAAACUGUGCUCGACCAGGCUAUCAUGCAAUUUGCUUCCAAUUGGAAAGAACGCAAACUCCCGAAGUUACUUAAUAAAGGCCAUCAAAUCUGGACAAGUGCUCGAAAGGGCGGCCUGAAGAUAUCGCUUAGAGAAAACCACAAAAGCCUUCAUAGGUGCAUAUCCCGCAUUGCAAAGCUUCGUGACGAGUUGAUGGCCCAGUCUUGGGGUAGCAUAGCCAGCUUGAAGGAGAUGACCCCAGUCAUGCAACAGACUGUUGAAGACAGAGAAUACUAUUCAUCACUUAUUAACAUCAUCAAGGCCCCGAAUGCACCCGCAAAGAUUAGUACGGCUCAGCCUCGCACUUCUGCAAGAAGCGUUAGAAAAACAACGCAGAUUGCAAGCGACGAAGAAUUAUUGACAAGCGAAUCUGAAAGCGAGUCUGAAAGCGAGCUUAGCCAAUUUAUUGUCGAUGACGAGCCUUCUCCAUCCGCUCAACUUCACGAUGAUUUCCUUAUGGCUACCGGCGAGGAUGUUGAUACUUCGCACAUGCAAGAGCAGCCCGCCAGUCAGCGCCAACAGAAGGAGGUGGCUGUAGACGUGGAACCAUCAGUAAUCAUCGACCUUACACAGCUCGAUGAUGAUGAUGAUGAUGAUGAUAGUACUGACUACCCCAAAACCCAAAGUGAGACCCAGAAGCCCGAUUCGAAGUUCGUUACGCCUUCCAAGCGUUCGAAGAUAACUAGCCGUGAGACGGGAGGGCCGACAAGAGUCAAAUCACAGAAAGUUGAGCUUGAACCCAGGAGAUCGCCAAUCAUCCUUGGAAUCGAUGAUUUGGAGCCAAAUAAGAAAAUGGUAGCCGAAGAAAUUGCAAAAUUCUUCAGGGAGAUUAUAUCCAUUCUCUUCUCGGUUGUUCGAUUUCAGAAACCAGACAAAGUCUGGGCAGAUUUUGUUGUUCUGCCCAUACGAAAGCACCAAUACCCGCGUACUGCCAACAGUUCUUGGGAGCAUAAGCUUACUAUCGUCGGGUAUACACUUCUCCGCACGAUGGAGAUUUAUAGAACCGGUGUCUGCUUCCCAAUAAAAAUGUACAAAGAAUUCACGGUUGAGACUAGAGAGAAAGUCGAAACUCGCAGGUUAUAUGAGGGAGAGGAUACUUUAGGAACAUAUCUGAAAUUUCUAAGUGACCUCGCUGAUCGGUUUGACUGGACACCGAUAACUGAUCUUCAGCCACUACAGGCCGAUAAACUUGAACCUCAGCCAGAGUCAGCACAGGCUGAUGAGUCCGAACCCCAACCACCACAGGUCGAUGGACUUGAACCUCAGUCAGUGGAGCCUACGGAGAUUGACGAAAAUCAAAUUGUCACUUCGGACUUCGCAAACGAUGAUGAUGAGGAAGAGGAAGAGCUGUCCCCAUCAAAGAAAAGGAAGAAAUUUAAAAAGAAGCCUAUUCGCAACCAAGAAGCUAAAAUCCUCAGAGAAGAUGAUCAUGCACGAGUGGCAGAACAGGGUCGUCGGCGGAAAGUUUUGCGAGACAAACUUGCAGCAACGGAAGCGUCAGGUGUAACGAACCUUGGCAGCCAAAGGGAUAUGAUCAUCAACGAGAUCAAAGAAGACUCCCAAGGAUUCAUCUACAUUCAUCCCGAGAUCGCAAAGCGUAUCAAACCUCAUCAAGUAGCAGGAGUUAGAUUUAUGUGGGAUCAAAUCGUUGAUUCAAGGUCUAAGCAAGGCUGCCUUCUCGCGCACACCAUGGGUCUUGGGAAGACCAUGCAGGUUAUCACGCUCUUGGUGGCCAUCGCAGAAGCUGCAGGAUCUGAUGACCCGACAAUUUCCUGCCAGAUACCUGAAGAGUUGAAGGAAUCCAAGACUCUAGUUCUUUGCCCUCCCGCCCUCGGCGAUAACUGGAUGGACGAGUUGCUUUUCUGGACUCCUGAAGAACACAAGCUCGGCGAAUUUUUCAAGGUCGAUUCAGCAACUCCUCCCGAAAAGCGCGAGGCGGGCAUACUAGCCUGGGAUGAGCGUGGUGGCGUUCUCAUUAUUGGAUUUCAACUCUUCAAGGACUUCGUUAAGAUCGAGCAGUAUCGAGAGAUAUUGUUGGAUGGCCCUAACCUCGUGGUGGCCGAUGAGGCGCAUUAUUUGAAAAAUCCCAAGGCGCAACUACAUGUCGCCGCUUCACGAUUCAGAACCCAGAGCAGGAUUGCCCUAACCGGCUCUCCUCUGGCCAACAACCUGGAAGAAUAUCAUUCCAUGAUCAAUUGGGUUGCCCCAAAUUACUUGUCGGACAUAAAGGAGUUCAGAGCAGAGUAUUCGAUCCCGGUUGGUCUCGGGCUUCAAAAAGACGCUACUCUAUAUCAACGUCGAAGGGCUUUAAAGAUGCUACGAGUCCUUACGAAAGAAGUUUCCCCAAAGGUUCAGCGUACGACAAUUGCAGUGUUGAAGCAUGAUAUUCCUACUAAGCAGGAAUUUCUCAUAACUGUGCCGCUCACUAGCCUGCAGCGAAGAGCGUACGAAGCCUAUAUCAAAUACCACCAAAGCUUGGCGAAUAAACACUGUGCGUUAGCCUCUAUAGACAUACUCUGUAUUCUCUGUGCACAUCCUUCCAUAUUCGUGGAUAAGUUACAGAAUGAAAAAGAGGACGCCUCAAACGAGACUGUUAAGGACCCUACUCUGACUGAGGAGCUCAUUAGCAAUGAGCUUACCCUCCUCCGCAAGGAGAAGAACUUAAAUUCAACUUCUCACUCUUGGAAGAUCCUCAUCCUCGUCGUUAUUCUAGAGGAGUGCAAGCGCGUGGGUGAUUCGGUGCUUAUCUUCAGCCAGUCUAUUCCUACCCUCAACUAUCUAGAGCAGAUUCUACGAAAAGGCAAAUUCUCUGUCGAGCGACUAGAUGGAUCGACUCGUAUGAACACACGACAGACCAUAGUCAAGGAUUUCAAUCAAGGCAACACAGAUGUGUUCCUCGUUUCUACCAAAGCCGGCGGGCUCGGCCUUAAUAUUACCGGAGCCAAUCGAGUUGUCAUCUUUGAUGCUAGAUUCAAUCCCCAGGUAGAACAACAAGCAGUUGGUCGAGCAUAUCGUAUUGGGCAGAAGAAAGCUGUUUUCGUCUAUCGCUUUUUGUGUGGUGGCACAUUAGAAGAUUCGGUGCAUAGCAUAGCUGUGCACAAGAAACAGUUGGCCGACAGAACCAUCGAUGCUAAGCACCCGAUCCCCAAAUCGGAAACGCUAAGCACGAAUCUGAAGAUGCCCACGGACCCUGAGCAAAGGGAUAUCAAUGGUUAUGUUGGUAGAGAUAUUGUGCUUGACAAGGUAAUUGAAAAGCACGGGCGCGGUAUUAGAGCCAUUACAACCAUGGACACCUUUGAGGAAGAGGCCCUUGAAGAUGCGGUCCUAACACGGGAAGACUACGAUGAGGCUAACAAACUCAUCGCCCAGAAUGCAGCACGCAGGUCAGGGGUUGCACUCCAGAUUCCCGUGGAAGACCAAGGAAGUGCCAACGGCUGGCAGCCAAUACAAUCACCAGCAUCUUCCACCCAGCGACCUAAUCCGGUCAAUUCUAUUCAUAAUGAUCAACGCGUCUCGAACGCGGUACCAAACUGGGAAACUACACCUACGCUUCAGGUCCCGCAGCCUCCCCUGUCCAAUGCUUCCCAUCAACAUCAGCCUUUGCAACCUAUUCAGGGAACUUCAACGCACAUAGGACGCCCUGCCGAACCGGACUUAGACAAUGGUAAAGAUUUUCUAUGGGAGUUGGGACGACGUUUCUCGGCAAAUGGCAGCACAAGCAAUAAGCUGAUAGGUCAACAAAUUGUGCACGCUAUUGCAGCAGAAGUCUCGAGCCGAGAUCUCGGAAGGUCGGAGAGAAAGGCUAUUAUAGAUGCUGCAUCAUCCGCACGGUUUGUUGAGGCCAUGUGUAUCCAACUUUUCUCGCCUCUUCAACUUGUUGGAAUGAAGCCGUUAGAAAUCAGCAUAAUACGCACUCGCUGGGACAGCUUAACGGAAGCCGAAUGGGAGACGCAAAAGAUUACCAAGGGCCGCCAAUCUAAGGUAGAUUCUCACAUCUCGUAAACAGCCCCCGAAAAGCCUCGUCUACUCCAGAGGAGCAACCCAGCAGUAGCCAUCAGAAAUCACAUCGAUUGGACGAUCGAGGG